UCAUGAUCAAAUGUUGUUCGACACGUAAUUGAUUGAGUGUACAGAAUAUGGCCUCCAAACCAGUCGCCAACUUCUUACUACGUCCAAUAAUCCGUUCUUCGAAAAUAAUAUCACCUUCUAUUCUCCGCCCCGAUCCUCUUCUCCCUCGAACUUUACAACCAGCAGCCCGUCGCUUCGCCCACACCAUCCCCAAACCUCCGGGCCAUCCAACAACACCAGAGGAGCAGCAGCAGGCGCGAAGACGAGCCCAGCCUCAUUACAAAAUAACCUUUACCUGCAAACCCUGCGGACAUCGCUCCGAGCAUGAGGUGUCUAAGACAGGCUAUUAUCAUGGCUCCGUGCUCAUCACCUGCCCGUCCUGCCGAAAUCGCCACAUCAUCAGCGACCACCUAGGCAUAUUCGGCGACCGCAAGAUCACCGUCGAAGAUCUCAUGCGGGAGAAGGGACAGCUAGUAAAACGAGGCACCCUUGGCGAGUAUGGCGAUAUUGAGUUCUGGCAGGAUAAGGAACACUUCGAAAGCGACGACGACUAUUAUAAGAUUAAAGACAAGCCAGAAAAUCCAUUAGAGGAGGCAGACCCGGACGUCGUAUCAGAGGAACAAGAAGCAGCAAAGUCGCAGGAAACACGAAAUCCAUCUUCACAAUCGACAGACCGAAAACCCGCAUCCUCGGCAUUAUUAGGGGACUCCGGUACUCGCCCAUCGAUAGGCGAUUCACAACAUAAAGACCCUGUGCCAUCAACACGGCGUCAAUUAUCAACAGUAAUACAGCCAACUCCUUGCAAACCCGGUGUUAGUGGCCGCGACUUUCUCAGAGCGUCAAUGACGGACGGAAAAUCCUACUCCGAGCUCCAUCAAUUACUACAAGAAUACCUCACCGGACCCAGGUCCCGUCGAGUGGAGAGAGGACUGCGCCGAGCCCUAGCCGAGCGUCGCAGCAUGCUGAAUCGAGUCCCGAAGGAGGAGAUGCUAUCAAAGGCACCCCGGGGGAAGCAGUAGACCAGACCCCGGAGAAAACUACCUCCUCCUCCAUCCCCAGAUACCUCUCAUCGCGGAAACGGAUGACAUCAAGGGAAUUCCUCCGCGUUCGCUAUCACAGGGUAUAUCCGCCAAGGUACAUUACCCGGAUAAAACAAUACCCCAAAUCCACAAUUAUGGAGCCACCUACCGUCCGUCGGCCGCUGUUCCAGAGCAAAUACGACGGCGUCCGCUUAUACGAUUUCCCCACCGUAGACAGCCGGCCGCAAUACAUCCGAACGGGACCCGGCCCAUUAUACAAGAGGAGACGACCAACACCCUGGACAGGGCGGCUCCUAGAAGAAGAAAAAGCAUCAAUAGCAGACCAGGACGACGACAUGCUCGAUCCAGAAAUACCGUUCCAAUGGGAAAUGCCGGCAGAUGUAUCCGACGGACCCAAACCAACGGUAUACCCCACAACAGCGCGACGCUGGCCCAAGCCACGUGCGCCAUCAUAUACAUCAGUGUAUCAAAAGAGCGAGGAGAGAUACCACUUCUACAAAGCGGUAGCGGUGCGGCGCGCGGAGAAGCAGUCGAGGGUGGAGAAAACGCCUGUACCGAUCGCGGUGGUGCCGAGGCCGUCGUCGCAGGACGAGGGGGAGACGAAACAAGUAAUACGGGCGAGCUAUUAUAAAUUUAAAUAUUUACGUGAUGAUAUGAUAUUUUAGGCUAUAAUACCCCAAUCCAAAACAGUUAAAUUUUA